AUGACUGAUCAACGUUUUAAAUAUUAUACUGGCUAUGAAGUCGACAAUGAACCUAGUGACGAUGAAGACGAAAUUCCUUGUACUACUGCAAUAACUGGUGAUCAUGUUAAUUCUGACAGUUCUGAUGAUGAAUUCGAUCGACCACUGCGUGCGUUUAUCGAAAAGACAAUGUCUCAAGGAGCAAAAAAAAAAGAUUCAUCAUCGACAUCUACUACUUCAAAUACAUUUGCUAACGAAAUGGAAGAUGAAUUAGAUCAAAUCUAUCAAAAUUUUAUUAAACGUGGAACAUUUGAAUUGCCCAUAUCAACUCAAAAAACACAAGAAGUAAAGAAAAUAGUAGUUAAUGAAAAAAACGAAGAUGAUAGUGAUGAUGAAGAUGAUGAGAAAAAUGAAGCAGUAGUAAAUAAAGAUGAUGAAGAAAAAAUAAAUGAUGAUCUUCUUUACGAUCCUGACGAAGAAGAAGAAGAUGAAAAAUGGAUGACCAAAGAACGUCUCAAAUCUCGAGGAGUCAAUGAAAUAGAGAAAUUAGAUGCAUCAGCACUUGGUCCAACUGAUGCAGUUCUCAAUUGUCCAGGUUGUAUGGUAUUAGUGUGCCAUGAUUGUCAGAGACAUGAAACAAAUCGAAAUCAAUAUCGAGCAAUGUUUGUCUUCAAUUGUGCAAUCGAUGAAAAUCGCCCUGUUCAUGUAACGGUGGCUAACAGUCAAAAAUCAUCGAAACAAAAGAAGAAGAAUAGUAAUAAACGAUUUAAAACUGAUGAUCCUCUUGCGAUCAGUGACGCACAAGAAGCAGAAAACGAGCAUGAUAUAUUAAGACCUGUGUUAUGUAGUGAGUGUGGCACUGAAUUAGGUGCCUAUGAACCAAAAGAAGAACUGUAUCAUUUUUCGAAUGUACUUGUUAGUCAUUGA